AUGUCCGACGAAGCCCCGGCCCAGUCGGCCGAGACCGGUACAACCAAGGCGGUCAAGGACAAGACCUGUACCUAUUGCCACCAAGCCUUCACAUCGUCUUCGCUCGGCCGCCAUCUAGAUGUAUUCAUUAAGGAGAACAACCCCAAGGCCCCCGAUGGGAUUCACGAUGUGGAAGAAAUCAGACGGAAUCGAUCCAAUAUCACCCGCCGUCGUCCCAAAGCUUCGACCGGAACCCCCGGUGCUCCUGGGGUUAGAAGACGAGACACGUCAGUGUCAGUCGGAACGCCAACGGCUGCGUCGAGAAGGAGUCAGGGGUCUGUUUCGGUAGAGGUUGAUUCUGCAUCCAUCACACCAGUAUCACAAACCAAAGGCAAAGGGACUGCUGAUAGGAAAUAUCCGUUCAAUACACCAUGGGAAGCCACGGGUGUCAUCAACGACCUUGGUGGGCGGGAUGCCACGGCAUACGAGGGUGGGUUCAGGCAACAUCAGCGAUCAGCCAGUCGCCAGCGUAUGAAGCAACAACUGGACGCCAGACACGUAUUGCAAGAUGCCGAGGAUACGAAAAGAGCCGCUGAACUCGCAUUGCGGGAAAUCAUGGGUUCUUGGAGGGCUGCAAAACAACAAAUCGACAUGCACUCGAUACCUUUUGACUUUGAUCCUCUUGCAUUGGACUUUCCGGCACUGACGUUGCAGUGUCUCGAGAAACCACCCACGCUAUUUGCUUCUACCCAGCACUCGACGUCCACUUCGUGGUCGAUAACACCACCCGGUCCAGUUCAGCUGCAAGCCUUGCGAAAUUAUUUUGGAGAAGAGUUCAGGAGAUGGAAGCUGGCUUGCACCGCGGCGACAACGGCGGUGAACGAAGAUCUAACAUAUCCUCCCUCCCUAGUGCCAGUCAAGCCAGAUGCUCGAGAAGCAGUGCGCAAGGCUGAAAAGGCAGCCGACAAGAUGGAACAGCAAAUAUCCGAUCACAUAACAGCGACGUAUUCAGUUUGGUGCUCACUUCCAGAGCCUGAGCGUGCCAGGCUGUGGACCCUCGAGCUGGCCAGAGGCUUGGGGCGGAAGCAAGACGAGGGGGCCAAACUCAAGCAAACCCAAAGCCUUCUUAGGCAAGAAAACAAUCAUCUCAAGUCUCAGAUCGAACACUUGAGCCGGCUACAGCAACCUAAAGAGUUCAAGAUUGUGCAGCCGACAACAGUGUACAUGGAUGAGAAGCUGGUCAACCACAUGCUGGAGCUCGGUUUCAGCGCAGCGAAGGAUGGCGGCGGCGUAGGCUUCAACAUGGCCGAUAGGCAUGCGGAUCUCGACACGGUUGUGGCAAGGGCGAUUAAUCGCUGGAAGGAUGUGAUCGUGUCGUCUAGGUCCGCGGCGGCCGGUAUCUCAGCGCAGCGCACCUUGGAAGCUGCGAGUGCCGGAGUGUCGCCAACAACUACUGGCUCUGGGCAGGGUAUGCGACAGUUGCAGCCUCAGAGGCACCAAUCACAACAUUCGGUGCCGAAUAACGACGCCCGGGCGUCUCUUCACCCUUCUCCGGCAGCAAGCAAUAACGUUGCGAAUUAUGCACCAUCGACGGCAUCUACCACUAAAGCCGGUUCGCCCUCGACUGCCGUCGGUACACCCAGCAUCAUCACGGCGCCGGCCAGUGUUGGUGCCGGGCAAGAUUCGGACGAGGAAAUGGGCGGGCAGGACGUGCCGGAAAUCUCAGAAGCUAACACAGCUGAGGAAGACGGUGAUGUUGAUGCGGACGCGGAUGCUGACGCGGAUGCUGACGCGGAUGGGGACGUGGAUGCCGACGCCGAUGUCGAUGCCGAUGCCGAUGCCGAUACCGAUGCCGAUAUGGACGCUGACGCUGACCCUUAG